AGCCUUAUCUGCCGUCAUUGCCUUGUCUCAUUGCUUCUCUUUUGUCUGGCGCUGCAUUCCCCGAGUGAUCGGGGAAAUUGGCUCUAAUAGGUUAGGUCUUCUGUCCGACAAUAUGUCACUCCUCUGACUAUUGUACCGACGCCUUGCUAUGGCAGACGUCAAGUUUUCUCUAGAGUGGUAGAUUGUUGCUCAAUUAAAUGGUUUAGACCGAUUUUGAAAGCAAGAAAGAACAUACUGGUAGCGAUCCAUUGUCGAGUGGCAUGAGAGCCUCCGGGCACUCUGGAAAGAAUUUAUACCAUCAUCUCCCUACCUUGAAUGUUAAACUCCCAGAGAGCCUCUUCUCCUGCAAUGUCUCAUCCCGAAGCGACCCGUGCGGAGUCCUUGGACGAGCCAGAACAUAGGGGGGAUAUUGAUGAUAAGAAGCCUAAAAAUAGGAGACCAGCCAAUACUGCCUUCAGACAACAACGUUUAAAGGCCUGGCAACCAAUCUUGACUCCGAAGAGUGUGUUACCUCUUUUCUUUGUUAUAGGUGUGAUAUUUGCUCCCAUUGGCGGGCUUUUGCUAUGGGCUAGUUCACAAGUACAAGAGAUAGUCAUAGACUACUCCGAAUGUGCCGAAAAGGCGCCCACCUCUUAUGCAGACCCGAUAUCAAAUAAAGUUCAGACAUCCUUCAAGUCUACAGGCGAACAAUCCACCCCGACCUGGCAAAGGUUCAACGAAAGUGGAACUACUAUAUGUCGAUUGAUCUUCGAUAUACCGGAUACCUUAGAGCCACCUGUCCUCUUGUAUUACCGCUUGACGAACUUCUACCAGAACCAUCGGAGAUACGUAAAAUCCAUGGAUACAGACCAACUGAAAGGGAAAGCAGUUGACAAUGGCACCAUAGAUGGCGGCUCUUGUGACCCUCUCAAGCUCGAUCCUACAACUGGCAAAGCAUAUUAUCCAUGCGGUCUUAUCGCUAACUCUCAGUUCAACGAUACCAUCCGCAGUCCGCAGCUCCUGAGCAGUGGCGUCAGUGCUGAGACGUACAGCAUGACCAAUAAGGGUAUUGCUUGGGACAGUGACAAGCAACUUAUAAAAAAGACUCAGUAUAAUAAGUGGCAGGUUGUUCCUCCGCCCAACUGGCAUGAUCGCUACCCAAACGGAUAUGAGGACGGAAUUCCUGACCUCCAUGAGGACGAGGAAUUCAUGGUUUGGAUGCGAACUGCAGCGUUGCCGGCUUUCAGCAAGUUAUCGCGCCGAAACGAUACAACGGCAAUGACUGCAGGAAGCUACCAAUUGGACAUUGAAGACCGUUUCCCUGUCACCGAGUAUGGGGGUACAAAGUCAAUACUCAUAUCUACUCGAACGGUGAUGGGAGGCCAAAACCCGUUCAUGGGAAUUGCAUAUGUUGUCGUUGGCGGUCUUUGUAUCGUUCUCGGAGCAUUGUUUACCAUUGCGCAUUUAGUUCGACCUAGGAAACUUGGCGAUCACACUUACUUGACUUGGAACAACGAGCAAGAAAGUACGGCUGUGUCGACUGGACGAGAUGGCAGAUUUAGCUCCAAUGCUCCUUAGACAACUUCUGCACUUUCAACAAUGCUAGUUCCGACCCCGCUCUGUUUGGUAGCUAGAACCAGUCUACUGAACCAAUGAACUAUCAAAAGGCGUCUGCAGGUGGCGUUUUCACAGGGUCUGAUUAUAGGUACUGGUGUUGUGGAUUUCUACUUGUUCCCAUAUUCUUUAAUCCCUUUUCUUUCUCUCUUUCUUUUUUAAAAAAAUAUCAUAAAAAUCGACUACACAAGUUGAUCAAGA